CCCCCGCCCUCCUCGCUCCGCCCCAGUUGGACUCGCCCUCUGGUGCCGAGCCUUGCUUUGCUGUGUCGCUGCGGACGAGACCACGCGGCCCGGGACGCUUCCAUAUCCACCCCUCUCCUCCGUGCCGGGAUACAUAAUUAACUCCUAAUUUUGCCUGCUGGAGUCAUUUUUGCUGUGCAGUCAACAUGCACGGCAGGCUGAAGGUUAAAACGACAGAGGAGCAGGCGGAAGCCAAGCGCAUUGAGCGGGAGAAGAAGCUGCGCCAGUAUGUGACGGCCACAAAAGCCAUCUUUGAGAAGAGGAAAUUGGGGCAGCUGGACAAGGAAGCCUUGGAGUUGACCAGCCAGAUCCUGGGCGCCAACCCAGACUUUGCCACCCUCUGGAACUUCCGCCGGGAGAUCUUCCUUCACCUGCAGGACGAGACCCCAGAGGAGAUGCAAGCCCUCUGUAAGGCAGAGCUGUCCUUCCUGGAGUCUUGCCUGCGUGUCAACCCCAAAUCCUAUGGGACGUGGCGCCACCGCUGCUGGGUGAUGGAGCACAUUCCGGAGCCGGAUUGGGCCCGCGAGCUGGAGCUGUGCAGCAAGUUCCUGGAGAGCGACGAACGCAACUUUCACUGCUGGGACUACCGGCGCUUCGUGGUGCGGCAGUCUCAGGUCGCCCCCCAGGACGAGUUGGCGUUCAGCGACAGCCUCAUCACCCGGAACUUCUCCAACUACUCCUCCUGGCACUAUCGCAGCCACCUCCUCCCGCAGCUUUACCCCGAUGCCCAACAGCAAGGCCGGAUCACAGAGGAAAUCCUGCUGAAAGAGCUGGAGCUGGUGCAGAACGCCUUCUUCACCGAUCCAAACGACCAGAGCGCCUGGUUCUACCACCGCUGGCUCCUGGGCAGAGCUGACCCAGAACCGACAAUUCGCUGUGUCUACGUCAGCCGAGAGGACACCUCCUUAGCAGUUGCCUUCUCCCACCCCGUGGCAGUGGCACCGGCGUCUCACGACCUGAUUGUGUUUGGAGAUGAAUCGCCACUUGUCGUACGUUGGCGCACCCCUGAUAGGAGGAACAGGCCUGGGUUUAUGUGGCUCUGCGAAUUGCCAGCUUCCGCCCUGAAUGACCACUGGCCGCAGCACACCUUCCGGGUCUUAUGGGCGGAGGGCCAGUCCCAGAAGGAGUGUGUCCUUUUUAAAGGACACAGGGAUUGCUGGAGCCAAGAUUCAGUCACUGAAGAACAAGUUUUCAGGUGUGAGCUGUCCAUCGAGAAGUCCACAGUACUGCAGUCCGAACUUGAAUCCUGCAAGGAAUUGCAGGCCUUGGAACCGGAGAACAAGUGGUGCCUGUUGACCAUCAUCCUCCUCAUGAGGGCCUUAGACCCCUUGGUUUAUGAGCACGAGACCCUCAGUUACUUUACAACCCUGAAGGCAGCUGACCCCAUGCGCUCGGCCUACCUAGAUGACCUCCGCAGCAAAUUCCUGAUUGAAAACAGCAUCCUCAAGAUGGAAUACGCCGAGUCCCGCGUCGUGGACUUGUCCCAGAGGGGCCUCACCAUUCUGUGCCACCUGGAGCACCUGCUUCUGGUCACUCACAUGAACAUCUCCGACAACCUCCUCCGCUGCUUGCCCCCCACACUGGCCAUGAUGCGCUGCCUUGAGGUGCUGGAGGCUGACGACAACCAGAUUGAGACCCUGGAAGACCUGCCCCCUCUCCCUCGCUUGGAGGAGCUCUCCCUCUGCAACAACCGCAUCCAGCAGCCUUCCAGCCUCCGCACCCUCGCCUCCUUCCCCAAACUCGCCCACCUCAACCUGCAAGGCAACCCUCUCUGCCAACUCCCCGGCGUCCAGUCGGAGCUCGCCGCCUUGCUGCCAAAUGUGGGGACCAUCCUGACCUGAUGGGUUUUGCAGGAGACCCUACUCGACACACGCACACACACCCACAGUCCUCCCCCCCACACACACACACUCACCCCCUUUUAAUUUAUUGGCAUGAGGAAACGAUGAAAUAAAAAAAGGUAAUUGUU